CUGCUACUGCCUGACUUCAUCGCUGGAGCCAACUUCCCUUCCCCACUCUGUGCAUGACUGCCUGCCCGCCUUUGUCCAUCCCGCUUUCCCUCCGACUCAACCCACCCACUACGUUCUUCUUCUCCAUUUUUGCAACGGCUUCUGACCCAAGACCAUCUCUCAAAUCUGCACCAACGACGAGACUUCAAUAACGAUACCAACGACAUCUAAUUUUUCUUCUCCUUCCCGCCAACCUACUUGGGUUUUUGUCCGCAAACAUCAUACAUUCACAAUGGCUUUGAAGCGCAUUAACAAGGAGCUCACUGAUCUCGGCCGUGAUCCUCCCUCAUCAUGCUCGGCCGGACCUGUUGGCGAGGAUCUGUUCCACUGGCAAGCAACUAUCAUGGGUCCUAGCGACUCUCCGUACGCUGGCGGCGUGUUCUUCUUGGCGAUCCACUUCCCUACCGACUACCCCUUCAAGCCCCCGAAGGUCAACUUUACCACCCGCAUCUACCACCCGAAUAUCAACAGCAACGGCAGCAUCUGCCUCGACAUUCUGCGAGACCAAUGGAGCCCGGCUCUGACUAUUUCUAAAGUUCUUCUCUCCAUCUGCUCUAUGCUUACCGACCCCAACCCCGACGACCCGCUCGUUCCCGAGAUUGCCCACGUCUACAAGACGGCGCGGGCCCAGUACGAGAGCACGGCACGGGAGUGGACUCGUAAGUACGCGAUCUAGGUAUCGUUCUAAGGGGUGACGGAGGUGAAGAGGGAAACACCAGGGGCUCAGAUACGAAUGGUGCGGUUUGCGGAGGAUGAUAGACACAAGGAAGAAGAAUGCAUAACGCUCUGCACCAACCAUUUUCCAUACCUUCUCGGGAUGCCAAGAGGGUUGGUUUUAUGCAAUCCUCAACACGGUUUCACUUACCUCGAUAACCUCGCCCAGCUUGGUUUUCUCUGAUUUGGACGCAUCGCUUGAUUUCUGCCCUUGUCAUGUUUACUUAUCGCUCGGUUUUUUUUUAUUUACUGGCGUCAACUGAUCUUUCCACCCGGUCUUUAUCAUGGGUAAUCCGAUUAAAAUACCUAGAAAGACCAUGGGGCGGACACGAUGAAUAUUCAGGGCUGCAUUACCACAUGCCGAGGCUCAAUUUGAGGGCUUCUGGGUUGUUAUUUUUUCAUGUGCAAGUAGAGAUGUCGCU